UUUCAUGGUUAAGUGCUGAACUAAGUUUCUUUAAGAACUUUAUUUUAAGUGAAAUUUAUUUUGAAAUAUUAAAAUGGAAAAAGAAACCAAAAUAGAAGACCAAAAAUAUGUAUUUAAAAUUGGUGAUUUUGAAAUAACACCAGUAAUAAUAGGAAUAUUAGCUGUUCUAUUCACAAUUGUAUUAUUAUAUCUUUAUAAAAAGAGUAAAUCAUCAAAAACCGAUUUUUUAUUGACCGGUCUAUGUGAUUCUGGUAAAACAUUUGUAUUUUCACAACUUCUUUAUUCAAAAGCUGUAUCGACAUUUACAUCAAUAGCUGAAAAUAUUGGUGAAUAUAAUUGUGGUAAAUGUAUUGUAAGAGUAAUUGAUAUACCUGGUAAUGAAAGAUUAAGAUCAAAAUUUUUUGAAAAAUAUAAAAAUAAUGCUAAGGGAAUAGUUUUUGUUGUUGAUAGUGUAACAUUUCAAAGGGAUGUAAGAGAUGUAGCCGAUUAUUUAUAUACGAUUUUGGCAGAUAAUACAAUUUCUAAAUGUCCAAUGUUAAUUUUAUGUAAUAAACAAGAUGAAACAAUGGCAAAGGGUUGUGCUGUUAUUAAAAAUUUAUUAGAAAAAGAAAUGAAUUUAGUUAGAACAACACGAACCAGUCAAUUAAAAUCAGUUGAUAAUACAGAUUCGAAUAAUGUGUAUUUGGGUAAACAAGGAAAAGAUUUUGAAUUUGUACAACUACCUCAAAAAAUUGAAUUUUAUGAAUGUUCUGCACAAAAUCAAGAGCUUAGUCAGUUAUCUGAUUGGAUAGAUAGAGUUGUUUAAAAAAAAAAUGAUCCUAUUAGUAAUGAUAUCAAUUUAAUUUUCGUUUUUUUUUUUUUUUCUUUGAAAAUUCGGCUUCAACUAAGUGAUUUUGUUUUUAAUGAGAAAUAAUAAUAUUUUUCUUUUGUAUUCGAAAUUUUAAUUAAAAAAAUCAAUUAAAUGUAAUAAUGAUGAUUUUUCCUAUUUUAUUACGAACAAAAACAAAAAAAAAAAUGUAAAA